UUAAAGAGACAGUUAAGUAGUUAUAACUGUUGUAGUUAUAACUUUGAUGUAAAUUCUGUUUUGACAGUUUCAAGAACUACUCUCUAUAUAUACUGGAUAGUUCUUCAAUCAAAGAUCAAUAAGAAAAUAUUCUUCUCAAUUGCAUUUACUGGUUUUGUUUGAUGGUAUCAGAGCCUCAGCCUAACAGCAAUGGUUUCUCUCAAUUCAACACAAAUCAAUGAAAGUUUCCAACCCGUAAACAAGAACAACAGUCUGAUUGUGAAUCCAAGCCACCACCUAUCAGUAAUCAAGCUAAUAGAAAACAAUUACCUUACAUGGAAAUUGCAGAUUAUCAACACAGUAUAUGGGCACUCUUUGAAAAAUCGUGUACUCAGAAGAAACACAACCAGAAAAGAAAAUCUUGAAUACAAUUACAAUAGAAAGAAAUACAGAAGCUACAGAAGGAAGCUCGGAGAGGAGGAGCGUCGAAAGUUCUUCAGAAUUAGUUGACAAUCCAGAAUACAUUUCUUGGAUGAGGCAAGAUCGAUUAUUAUGUUCUUAGCUCAUGGGUUCGAUGACUGAAGACAUUGUCACAAAUAUGAUUGGGUGCAAAACAGCAAGAGAAAUUUGGGUGAUGCUCGAGCAAACAUACUCACCUCAAACACAGCAAAAAUUAUGCAGUUGAAAAGCCAACUUCAAAGAAAGGAAGUCAGUCUAUCAAAGAUUAUGCUACCAAGAUAAAGAACAUCGUUGCUGUGCUAAAUGAGGUUGGAUGCUUUAUCUCUUUGCAAGAACAUAUAGUUUACAUUCUAUCUAGACUAGGUACAGAAUACGAUGCAAUUGUAUCUGCUAUUUCUGCAAAAUCAAAAACAAAACCAUUACAAGAAAUUGUUUCCUUACUAAUGAGUCAUGAAAGUAGGCUGAAGAGAAAUUCUAUGAUAAAUAUAGAUGAAACACAACCCACUGCAAAUAUUGUUUCUGGACCAGAUGAAAGAAAACAAAAUUCUCAGAAAACUUAUCAAAGAAAUCGAAAUCAACCUCAGUGGAACAAUCAGUGGCAAAAUAACAGAGGAAGAUGAAAUAGCAAUGGUAAUCAUGGUAGAGGAAAGAAAUUUUGGAACAAUUCAAAACCACAAUGUCAAAUGCAAUGGAUUUGGACAUACAGCCAUGAAAUGCUACUCUCUAUAUGAUCCAAACUUUCAGCGCCAGUUCAUCAACACUCCAGCACCCAAUCAAACUAACUUUGGCCAAAGAUUCAACCAUUUCAACCGCCAGAACACAACUGGAAAUAAUCAUUUUCAAGCAUACAUGGCGUCUACAUCCCAGAGCAAUAACACCAAUGGAUGGUAUCCAGAUACAGGAGCAUCAAAUCAUGUCACCAAUGAUCUAGCUAACCUAUCUUUAGGUACAAACUACAAUGGAGCAGAACAAGUCCAUGUUGGUGAUGGAACAGGCACAGGGAACUGGGAAAAUUUUACUACAAUGACAACUUCAUGAACGACCAUACGGUUUAUCACUAGCUAAAGCUCAUCCCAAUUCCAACAUCAGUUUAAACAAACCUAUCGCAUUAAUGACAACCUCUGCUUCCUGCCAUACAAAAUCUAUGGCAUAAUCGUCUAGGUCAUCCCUCCCUGCCCAAUCGUAAACAAAGUACUACUUGUUUUUGAUAUUCAGAGGAGAAAUUACUCCAUGGUGAUGGCCACUUUCGCAUGAUUGAUUUAGGAGUAAAAGGGUAAAAAUACCUGAACUUUGUGGAUGAAAAAGACCAAUAUGUCGUUUCUUUAAGGGUUCUUUUGUAUAUAACCAAAUUUACUUUUAUGAGUAUUGGUCCUUUCAAUCAACAGGGUUUUAUAAGUUUUCUUCA